CCCCGGGGCCGGGACCGGGAUCGGGAUCGCGAGGCGGAGCCCGGGAGCGGCGGGAGGCGGCGGCUCCGGCUCCGCAAACUUUCCCGGAGCGGCGGCGGCGGGGCCAUGGGCCGCGGGCCGCGCUGAGCACCAUGAUCGCGGCCGGGGGCUGCCUCGGCGCCGGGCUGCUGCUGCUGCUGGCCGCCCUCUGCCCCCCCGCCGCCGCUGAAGUCUGCACCGGCACCGACAUGAAGCUGCUGCGUCCCUCCAGCCCCGAGAGCCACUACGAGACCCUGCGGCACCUCUACCAGGGCUGCCAGGUGGUCCAGGGCAACCUGGAGCUCACCUACCUGCCCGCCGGCGCCGACACCUCCUUCCUCAAGGACAUCAAGGAGGUGCAGGGGUACGUGCUGAUCGCGGAGAACCAAGUGAGCGGGCUGGAGCUGCAGAGCCUGCGCAUCGUCCGCGGCACGCAGCUCUUCCAGGAGCGCUACGCCCUGGCCGUGGUGGGCAACGCCGGCCCCGCCGGGGCACCGGGGCUGCGCCAGCUCGGCAUGAGGCACCUCACAGAGAUCCUGAAGGGAGGGGUGCUCAUCCAGAGGAACCCCGAGCUGUGUUUCCAGGAGACCAUCCUCUGGAGCGACAUCCUGCACCGGCACAACGAGUUCCGUGCCGAGAUCCAGGUGGAGACCACCCGCACCCGCAGCUGUGAGUGCCCCGGGAGGGGGGGUUGUGCUGCCAGGGAGGGCUCUGGGGGGUUCCAGCCCCCCCUGGCACCCCCUGCUCACUCUUCCCCCUGUGCAGGUCCUGACUGCCGGGCGCUCUGCGCCGAGGGGCACUGCUGGGGUGAGGGCAAACAGGACUGCCAGACAUUGACCAACAGCAUCUGCCACGGCUGCCCGCGCUGCAAGGGCACGAAGCCCACGGACUGCUGCCACGAGCAGUGCGCCGCCGGCUGCACCGGCCCCAAGCACUCCGACUGCCUGGCGUGCCUGAACUUCAACAGGAGCGGGAUCUGCGAGCUGCACUGCCCCCCUCUCGUCGUCUACAACUCGGACACCUUCGAGUCCAUGCCCAACCCUGACGGGCGCUACACCUUCGGUGCCAGCUGUGUCAGCCAGUGUCCCUACAACUACCUGGCCACGGAGGUGGGGUCCUGCACCCUGGUGUGCCCCCAGAACAGCCAGGAGGUCACGGUCAACAACGUCCAGAAGUGUGAGAAGUGCAGCAAACCCUGCCCGGAGGUGUGCUACGGGCUGGGAGUGGAUUUCCUGAAGGGCGUCCGUGCCGUGAACGCCUCCAACAUCCAGCACUUCUCCGGCUGCACCAAGAUUUUUGGGAGCCUGGCCUUCCUGCCCGAGACCUUCGCUGGGGACCCCAGCACCAACACCCCACCCCUGGACCCCAAACUGCUGCGGAUCUUCGAGAGCCUGGAGGAGCUGACGGGCUUCCUCUACAUCGCAGCCUGGCCUCCCGACAUGAAGGACCUGGGAGUCUUCCAAAACCUGCGGGUGAUCCGGGGCAGGGUGCUGCACAACGGCGCCUACUCGCUGACGCUGCGGGAGCUGGCGGUGCAGGCGCUGGGGCUGCGGGCCCUGCAGGAGAUCAGCAGCGGGAUGGUGCUGGUGCACCACAACCCCCAGCUCUGCUUCCUGCAGAAGGUGCCCUGGCACAGCAUCUUCCGCAACCCCCGCCAGCGCCUCUUCCAGAGCCACAACAAACCCCCCGAGCAGUGCGAGAGCGAGGGGCUGGUUUGCUUCCACCUCUGUGCCCAGGGGCACUGCUGGGGGCCCGGCCCCACGCAGUGCGUGGCCUGCGAGCGGUUCCUGCGCGGCCAGGAGUGCGUGGCCUCCUGCAACCUCCUGGAUGGAGCCGUCCGGGAGCACGCCAACGGGACGCGGUGCCUGCCGUGCCACCCCGAGUGCCAGCCCCAGAACGGCACCGAGACCUGCUUCGGAUCGGAUCCAGACCAGUGCGUGGCCUGUGCCCACUACAAGGACGCCCAGCAGUGCGUGCGGCGUUGCCCCAGCGGCGUCAAGGCCGACGCCUCCUUCGUGCCCGUCUGGAAAUACCCGGACGAGUUCGGCGUGUGCCAGCUCUGCCCCACCAACUGCACCCACUCGUGCACCAUCCGGGAUGAGGACGGAUGUCCCGUGGACCAGAAGCCGAGCCAGGUGACGUCCAUCAUCGCCGGCGUGGUGGGGGCUCUGCUGGUCAUCGUCCUGCUCCUCAUCACCGUCAUCUGCGUCAAGCGCCGGCGGCAGCAGGAGCGCAAGCACGCGAUGCGGCGGCUGCUGCAGGAGACCGAGCUGGUGGAGCCACUGACGCCCAGCGGGGCCCUCCCCAACCAAGCCCAGAUGAGGAUCCUCAAGGAGACGGAGCUCAAGAAAGUGAAAGUUUUGGGUUCUGGUGCUUUUGGCACCGUCUAUAAGGGCAUCUGGAUCCCCGAUGGGGAGAGCGUGAAGAUCCCGGUGGCCAUCAAAGUCUUGCGGGAGAACACAUCGCCCAAAGCCAACAAGGAGAUCCUGGAUGAGGCCUACGUGAUGGCAGGGGUGGGCAGCCCCUACGUGUCCCGGCUGCUGGGCAUCUGCCUGACCUCCACGGUGCAGCUGGUGACGCAGCUGAUGCCCUACGGCUGCCUCCUGGAUUAUGUGAGGGAGAACAAGGACCACAUCGGCUCCCAGGACCUGCUCAACUGGUGUGUGCAGAUCGCCAAGGGGAUGAGUUACCUGGAGGAGGUGAGGCUGGUGCACCGGGACUUGGCCGCUCGCAACGUCCUCGUCAAGAGCCCCAACCACGUCAAGAUCACCGACUUUGGGCUGGCCCGGCUGCUCGACAUCGACGAGACCGAGUACCACGCUGAUGGUGGCAAGGUGCCCAUCAAGUGGAUGGCGCUGGAGUCCAUCCUCCGCCGGCGCUUCACGCACCAGAGCGACGUCUGGAGCUACGGUGUCACCGUGUGGGAGCUGAUGACGUUCGGGGCAAAGCCAUACGAUGGGAUCCCUGCCCGGGAGAUCCCGGACCUGCUGGAGAAGGGCGAGCGGCUGCCGCAGCCGCCCAUCUGCACCAUCGACGUCUACAUGAUCAUGGUGAAAUGCUGGAUGAUUGACUCCGAGUGCCGGCCCAAGUUCCGGGAGCUGGUCACCGAGUUCUCCCGCAUGGCCCGCGACCCCCAGCGCUUCGUGGUCAUCCAGAACGACCUGGUGGGGCUGCCCGGCUCCAUGGACAGCACCUUCUACCGGGCGCUGCUGGAUGAGGAGGACAUGGACGACCUGGUGGACGCUGAGGAGUACCUGGUGCCUCACCACGGCUUCUUCAGCACCGACACCUCCACCACCUACCGCAGCCGCAUCUCCUCCAUGCGGAGCACGGCGGAGUCUCCAGCCAAGGUGGAAGAGGGCGAGGGCUUGGCCUCGUUCUCCUUCCCCGCCCAAGGCCUGGCGGAGGGGCCAGAGGGACCUGUCCCAGAGGUGCCAGAUGGGGACAAGGUGGCCCUGCAGAGCCCCCCGGGGCGGGAGCCUGGCACCCUGCCCCGCUACAGCGAGGAUCCCACGGGGCUGACGGCCAAGGACGGAGAGGACCCCGAGUGCUUCACCCUCCCAUCCCCUCACAGCACCAUGCCAGAGUACGUGAACCAGGCUGGGGACCCCCCAUCCCCGCCGGACAAGCCCAAGGGGCACCAGGGCAAGAACGGGCUCAUCAAGGACCCCAAGAACUCCUUCCCAGGGCCCUUCGGCCACGCUGUGGAGAACCCCGAGUACCUGGCACCCCACGGCACGCCCACCCCUGGCCCCUUCAGCCAGGCCUUCGACAACCCCUACUACUGGAACCAGGACCCUGCCAAGGGUGGUGGCCCCGAGGGUGGCCCUGGCACGACGCCCACGGCCGAGAACCCCGAGUACCUCGGCCUGGCCGGCCCCGACGCCACGGCCGUGUAAGAGAGACCCCCCCCAACUUCACCAAGGCAGCUCAGGGAGGGACGAGCCACGGCCGUGGGGCUGGGGGCCCACCCCUCUGCCCGGGGGUGGCACCGCUCACGGAGGGCUGGCAGAGCCCAGGACGCUGGGGCACAGCGCGGCAGCCGAGUGGGGACACAGGGGUGGCACUGGGCACCCACGAGCUGCACAGCCCAGGGAGCUCGGAGCCAGCAGGGCCUGGAGGGGGACAGCCCCUCUGCCACCCCCCACUCCAGGGCUGUCCCCGUGCCUGGGACACGAGGACUUGCACUGAGGGCAGCUGGACUGAGCAGUCCCGGCUGCUCCGGGACUCUCUGGGAGCACCGGGAUGUAUAUUUGACAAUUGUACAUUGCUUGUUUUUUCUA